AAUCGACUCUUUCUUAUGCCCAAAAUCGCCGAUUUGUGCAGAGGAAAAUCUGCGAGGUGGUGUGCUGCGCGAAGACUGCAGAGAUUGAAAGCAUUCAAUCAUGUAUCAUCCUACGAGAGGCGGCGUUCGCGGUGGGCGGGAUCAGUUCAGUUGGGAUGAUGUUAAAGUCGAUAAACAUAGGGAGAACUAUCUUGGUCACAGUAUCAAGGCCCCUGUUGGCAGAUGGCAGAAAGGUAAAGAUCUGUUUUGGUAUUCAAGGGAUAAAAAGUCGAUGAAUGCGGAGAUGGAGGCUGCGAAAGAAGAAAUCAAAAGAAUUAAGGAGGAGGAGGAGCAGGCAAUGAGGGAGGCCCUUGGCUUAGCUCCUAAGCGUGCAAGCCGUCCUCAAGGCAACAAGCUUGAUAAGCAUGAGUACUCAGAACUGGUGAAGCGUGGGUCUACAGCGGAGGAUGCAGGUGGAGGCCAUGCUGAGGCAGUAAGGGUUGAUGGCCUUGGUUUUUCAAGAGCACCGCGCCCUUGGAACGAAUCUAGUUCUUCAAUGCCCACAAUCACAGACAGUCCACCUAAAGUGGAAGAAUCAUCUAUGGCAGUUCAGUCAGCGAGGAAGACUGAAGAAGAAGUAGAGGAAUCAGAAGAUGAAAAGAGCAGAAGAAAGAGAAGGAGGCGUGAGGAGAAGAAGCAGGAGAAGGAAGAGAGACGGGAAAGGCGUGAGAAGAGGCAUUCUCGUGAUUCGGAUGACAGGAAGAAACACAGGAAAGACAAGGAGAGGAGGAGACAUGAUUCUGAUUGAUCAAAUAUGUUCUUCUUCUGCUCUUUCUCUCGCCAUUUUAUGCCAAGUAACUUGCUCGUUGUAUUAUGCUUGUGAUUUUAGUAUUGUAUUUUCCUAUAUUUUGGUAAAAAUUCAAUAUUGCGAUUUAUAUCAGUAUCGUUUCUACUUA